GAACGAUUUGAUACAACUCUAAUAUAGAAGACGUAUGCAAAGGAGAAGAAUUACAGCAAAAUCAUUCUAUUAAAGGUGCAUCAAGAGUAGAACGAAGGACUCAAUCUACAUACCGAUCACGUGAGAUAAAGGAAAUAAUACUGGGAGCUCGCCUUGACGAACUACCAACAACACAGUGUGCAAAGAAUAUUCGAAGCGACGAUAACAAUAACAACGGCAAUAAAUUUGAGGAAAUAAUGACAAGCGAUUUGAGCGGCAUUGUCGAGUCAUCGUUUCCCACGGGUGCAUUGGUACCCAAGGCGGAGACGGGUGUGCUGAAUUUCUUGCAAAAGUAUCCGGACUACGAUGGUCGGGAUGUGACCAUCGCCAUUUUCGAUUCUGGCGUUGAUCCGCGGGCAACGGGACUUGAGACGCUUUGCGAUGGCAAAACCCUAAAAGUUAUUGAGCGAUUUGACUGCUCUGGAUGUGGAGAUGUGGACAUGAGCAAGAAGCUAACGCCCGAUGAGAAGGCCACCUUCAAGGGCUUGUCCGGUCGCACACUGAAGCUCAGUCCAGAGUUGGUUGCCCUCAAUACAGACAAGGAUGGUGCCGUGCGUGUGGGCCUAAAAAGUUUCAAUGAUUUGGUGCCGCCAAAGGUUCGGGACAACAUUGUGGCCCAGGCCAAGUUGAAGAGCUGGGACAAGCCACAUAAAACGGCUACGGCGAAUGCCAGUCGCAAAAUUGUCGAGUUUGAAUCUCAGAAUCCAGGAGAAGCGUCAAAGCUGCCGUGGGACAAGAAGAUUGUCAAGGAGAAUUUAGACUUUGAACUGGAAAUGCUCAACAGCUACGAGAAAGUGUAUAAUGAUAUCAAGACUUCCUUCGACUGUGUGCUCUUCCCCACGGACAAUGGUUGGCUGACCAUCAUCGAUACGACUGAACAGGGCGACCUGGAGAAUGCGUUGCGCAUUGGCGAGUACUCCAAGACCCAUGAGACAAAGAAUGUCGAUGAUUUCCUCUCAGUCUCUGUCAAUGUGCAUGACGAUGGCAAUGUGCUGGAAGUGGUGGGCAUGUGCUCCCCACAUGGCACUCAUGUGGCCUCGAUUGCCAGUGGCAAUCACAGCUCCCGGGACAUUGAUGGCGUUGCGCCCAAUGCCAAGAUUGUAUCCCUUACAAUUGGAGAUGGUCGCUUGGGUUCCAUGGAAACGGGCACUGCACUCAUACGUGGCAUCAUGAAGGUCAUGGAUCUGUGCCGCGAGGGUCGCCGCAUCGAUGUUAUUAACAUGAGCUAUGGGGAGCACUCCAACUGGUCGAAUUCUGGCCGCAUUGGUGAAUUGAUGAAUGAGGUUGUCAACAAGUACGGCGUGGUUUGGAUUGCCUCCGCUGGCAAUCAUGGUCCAGCCCUCAGCACGGUGGGCACUCCGCCGGACAUCAGUCAGCCCAGUUUGAUAGGUGUAGGUGCCUACGUCUCACCGCAGAUGAUGGAGGCGGAAUAUGCAAUGCGUGAAAAGCUGCCUGGAAAUGUUUACACAUGGACAUCGCGUGAUCCCUGCAUCGACGGCGGACAAGGAGUGACGGUGUGCGCACCCGGAGGCGCCAUUACAUCCGUGCCACAGUUCACGAUGAGCAAGUCGCAGCUGAUGAACGGCACAAGCAUGGCAGCUCCUCAUGUAGCCGGUGCAGUCGCAUUGCUCAUCUCUGGACUGAAGCAGCAGAAUAUUGCGUAUUCGCCUUAUAGUAUUAAACGGGCCAUUAGCGUAACUGCCACCAAACUGGGCUAUGUGGAUCCCUACGCACAAGGUCAUGGUCUGCUAAAUGUGGAGAAGGCCUUCGAGCAUUUGGUUGAGCAUCGCCAGUCCAAGGACAACAUGCUGCGCUUCUCGGUGCGCGUGGGCGCCAACCAUGAGAAGGGUAUCCAUCUGCGGGAGGGAGUUCAGCGAAAGUUCGUCGACUACAACGUCAACAUUGAACCCGUGUUCUUUAAUGACAAGGAAGCAGAUCCCAAGGAUAAGUUCAACUUUAAUGUGCGUCUCAGUCUUGUACCCUCUCAAUCCUGGGUGCAGUGUGGCUCUUUUCUGGAUCUCAGCUAUGGAGUACGCUCUAUUGUUGUCAGAAUCGACCCAACUAGUCUUCAACCAGGAGUGCACAGUGCCGUCGUUAAAGCCUACGACACGGACUGCGUGCAAAAGGGUCCAUUAUUUGAGAUUCCCGUCACUGUGGUGCAGCCCCAUGUACUGGAGAAUGUUCAGAGCACGCCCGUAUUUGAGCCAACUACGCAAAGAGCUGACAAGAGCGUUGAGUUUCAGCCGAAUACCAUUCAAAGAGACUUUAUUCUCGUUCCAAACAAGGCCACUUGGGCAGUCCUGCGCCUUCGCCUUACGGAUCCUAAUCGGGGCAAUGAUAUUGGAAAAUUCUUUUUGCACACAAAUCAGCUGCUGCCUCAUCAAUCUUGCCGCAAACUGGAAACCAUGAAGAUAAUUGGUGUUAACUCGGAAUUUGAAUCCACGGCCACAUUCCAUGUUAAGGCUAACAAGAUACUGGAGCUGUGCAUAGCCAAAUACUGGUCCAAUCACGGCCAGAGUCACUUAAAGUACAGUCUUGAAUUUCGAGGAGUCGCUGCACAAAAUCCCAAUGCAUAUGUGAUGCACGCAGGACGUGGCAUUCACCCGCUGGAGAUUGGUGCGCUGGUGGCGGAGGAGCUGCAGCCGCUGCUCCAACUAAAGAACGCUGCGGUUGUGCUCAAACCCAGCGAGGCCAAGAUCUCGCCAUUGAGCGCCACACGGGAUGUUAUUCCCGACGGCAGACAGAUCUAUCAGAAUAUGCUGGUCUACAAUCUGAACGUGGCCAAGGCUGCGGAGGUGGCUUUGUAUGCACCACUGUUUAACGAUUUACUGUACGAAUCGGAGUUUGAGUCUCAAAUGUGGAUGCUGUUCGAUGUGAACAAAUCCCUGGUGGCAACCGGUGAUGCACACUCUCACAACUUCUACACGAAGCUGGAGAAGGGCGAGUACACGGUGCGCUUGCAGGUGCGACACGAAAAGCGGGAGAUGCUGGAGAAGAUCGCAGAGGCGAAUCUCAUUGCAGCCUAUAAGCUUCCCAAUAUGCUCUCACUAGACUUUUACGACAGCUACAAUCAGUGCAUUGUCAGUGGACGGAAGUUUACGACCGCCAAGGUGCGUGAGACAAACAAAAUGCUGUAUAUUGCACCCAUUGCUCAGGAUCGGAUCACCAAGGCGAAUCUGCCGGCGCAGUGCGCCUGGCUGAGCGGCAAUCUUGUCUUCCCCAAGGACGAGGCUGCCCGUCGCAUUGCUAUUCAUCCCUUCACUUACUUUCUCAAUCCGACCGAGAAGAAAGUCGCUUCCAAUGGGGCUUCCAAUGGAGGUAGCUCCAAUAAUGCCAGUCCAGCAGCAGCGGCCGCUGUCAACGCUAAUGGAGCCAAGCCGAAGACACAAGCCACGUGCCAGGGAGCAACCAACACGGCCAACUCCGCGGGCGGCGAUGGUGCCACACUCCAAAACGAAGUCCUUGCCAACGGAGGUGGAGUUGCACCCAGCUCACCCCAAAAAGGCAAGACCAGCGCCGAUGACUACGCCGAGAGUCUGCGCGACUUCCAGUGCUCGCACAUUGCCAAGUGCGAGCUGGAGAAGGCUGAGAAAAUAUACAACGAUGUGGUUGCCGCACAUCCCAAGCAUUUGCCAGCCCAUUUGCAGUUCAUCCAAAACAUAGAGUCGACGGAAUUGAAGACUCAGCUUCCAUUGGCGUUUGUCGCCGCACACCAGAAGAAAAGCUCGGAAGGCGACGACGGAAGCGUUGAUAAUAAUCAGAAGCAACGUUCCGCCUUGGAGCAUAUUGUGAAACUUGCAGAUAUUGUAGUAAAAGAAACCGAUGCUGACGCGCUCUUGUCUUACUAUGGAAUCAAGAAUGACACACGUCCGGAUGCCAUCAAGAUCAAGACAAACAUGGACAAACAGAAGAACAAUCUCAUCGAGGCCUUGAGCAAGAAAGGAAUUGCUGUUGCCAAGCUGUGCGUGCUGGAUGAUAGUGUCAAGGAUCACUUGGCCGAGCUCAAUGAUAUAUACACAGAGAUAAUCAAAUUUGUUGAUGCUACCGAUAGCAAGGCCAUUCAGUUCGCAAUGUGGCAUGCCUAUGCGCACAAUCACUAUGGACGCAUGUAUAAAUACGUGUCCAAGAUGAUUGAAGAUAAACGCACACGGGAUCACUUUGAGGAGCUGGCGGCCAUUAAUAGUGCAUUGGGUUAUGAGCAUACCAAGGCCGUAAUAGAUCGUAUGACUGUAACCGCUUUUCCAAAUAGCUUCCGUUUAUUCUAAAUAAUGUUUGCUAUUAUUGAUCAAAUUAUCGCGGGUACUGCAUUGCACAUUUAUAUCUCUUUAUCACUGUUUAAUUGUAUUUCAAGCUAAAGUAAUCAAUUAUAAAUUAUGUAUAUGAAUUUAA